UCACCCGCGCGCGCGUGUGUGUGUGCGUGCGCGCCUGUAUAGUCGAGAAUCAUCGUAAUCGUACAAAAUGUGGGAAUUUUUGGAGAGUAAAACCUUCUGGCUGAUCCUGACGAUCGUCGGCCUGACCUACAUCUAUCUGCGCCACUUCGUGUUCAAUUAUUGGACCCUGCACGGAGUGCCGCACGAGCAGCCCUCGCUGCUGCUCGGCAACCUGACGUGGGACUUUAUCACGGCCAAGAUCUCUCUGGGAAACUGGCUGAAGCAGAGCUACGACAAAUUUCGCAACUAUCCGUUCCACGGCCUGUACGUGUUCGGCCGGCCCGUGCUGAUGAUCAACGAUCCGGCCCUCAUACGCACCGUCCUCGUCCAGGAGUUCUCGCGCUUCUGCGAUCGGGGCUGGCUCAGCAACAUGGAGAAGAUCGACCCGAUGACGGCCAAUCUGUUUCUUCAGCCGGAGCACAAGUGGCGCCGAUUGAGGCAGAAGUUCUCGCCGACCUUCACGCCCAACAAGAUGCGCCAGUUCCAUCCGCUGAUGGCGGAGAUCGGCCAGCAGAUGGUCGAGGCCUGCGACGAGGAGCUGCUCAGAUCCGGCCGAUCGGUGCUCGAGGUGAAGGACAUCGUGGGCCGCUACACGACCGACAUCAUAUCCUCGGUCGUCUACGGCUUCAACUGCAACAGCCUCAAGGACCCGGAUCACGCGUUUCGCCGGUUAGGCGAGCGAGCCUUCGAGUUCGGCCGCUUCAAUCAGCUGCUGGGCAUAUUCCUGCCGGAGCUGCCGGGCCUCGUGGCGCUGCCGUUCUAUCACAGGGAGGUGCGUGACUUCUUCGCCAAGCUCUUCAAGGACAUGGUCGAGCGUCGUCGCGAGGCCCCGGUCGACAGGAAGGACUUCAUGAAUCUGCUGAUCGAGCUGAUGGAUCGCGGCUCGGUGAAGGCCGACGACGCAGCGGCGGAGGAGGAGAGCGAGGAGCAGAGCGCCAAGAGGACGACGGACGAUCAAGAUCUGCUGAGUAUGAGCGAGGCGGCCGCGCAAGCCUUCGUCUUCUUCCUGGCCGGCUUCGAGACGUCCGCGUCCACGGCCACCUGGGCUCUGCUGGAGCUCGCCAUGAAUCAGGACAUUCAGCACAGGCUUCAGCGGGAGAUCGACCAGGUCGCCGACGGUCCGGAAGGCUUCACCUUCGAGAAGAUCGAGUCGAUGGAGUAUCUGGACAUGGUGUUGUCGGAAACGUUCAGAAAAUAUUCGGCGGUGGCCUUUCUCAACCGGCUCUGCGUCGAGGAGUACCGGAUACCGGGCACGAGCUACACCGUGCCCAGGGGCAUGCGCCUGGUGAUAUCGAGCCACGGCGUGCACCACGACCCGGACAUCUAUCCGCGACCCCACGAGUUCGAUCCCGAGCGCUGGAGGCGCGAGAACGUCGCGGCCUGGUGCAGCACGGCGCAGCUGCAGUUCGGCGCGGGCCCGCGUAACUGCAUCGGCAAGCGCUUCGGCCUGCUGCAGGCCAAGCAGGCGCUCGUCAGUCUGCUGGGCCACUUCGAGUUUCGCGUGAGCGACGAGACGAGGCUGCCCUGCGCGAUGGAGACCGAGACCAUGGUGCAGACACCCAAGCACGGCGUGCUGCUGCGCGCGGAAAGACGAAGAAAGCGAACCGACGAUGAUUAAAGACUCUUGGCCUUUGUGCGGGGGCGAGUCAUUCUGCCGAGAGAUUAUAAAUUUGUACAGUUUUAUAACCGAGUCGUAUCGCACUCCUGUCUACAGGAUGAAACAAAGAAUAAAAAAGUUUUUCACCCCGUAACACCGCCUGAGAGAUUGAUUUAUCUUUUUAAGACGAAAAAUAAGUAAGCGAAAAAAUCAAGGAUAUUUAGAGUUUCACUCGACUCGAGUCGAGAAAAAUUCGACUACCCAACAACAUUCUUGUGUUUGCGCUUUUUUAACGUAUUCAAGUUUUCGAUUGCACUGUAGUAUAAUUUUUAUCUCAUGAUUAUAUUUUUGAUGUAUGUUUUGAUCUCCACUUGGUAGACGUCGUUUCAGAGUGUGCCCUCGGGUUUUGUUUUUUCGUAUAAGGCAUUCUACUUCGAAAUUAAAAAUUGAAUUGAUUGCAAAGGUUAUA